AUGCAUAUGCGAUGGCGACUGCAGGUCGUCGCCAUAACGCGCCGCGCCGGCCGCCACCGCCGGUCGUCGCCGUUCCACGACCGCGCGCGCCGCGAGUGCAUGCUCGCGUCGUCCGCGCACCUCCCAGCGUCACCGUCUGCCCCCGCGCGCGUUCGCACGCGUCGUCGCCGCGCCAUGCCGCGCGGGAAGGCUUUCAUCGCCGCCGACGCCGCCGAAUCUCGUCGUCCCUCCGCCGCCGUCGCCGUCGACGACCCGACCGUCGUGGACGCGUACGGCCCCGCGAUACCGGGCGAGCACAAGUGGCUCGGCGCCGCGGUCGCGGAGGACGGCGCGAUAUACGGCGUCCCGUCGCACAACCGGCGGGUCGUGCGGGUCGUCCCGGGCACCGGCGAGGUCACCGAGCUCGGCUCCGACGACGUGCUCUCGACGAGGAAGUACAAGUACCUGCGAGGCAUCCGGACGUGCGCGGGGACGAUCUUGGGCAUCCCCGCGUGGGCGGACUCCGUGCUCGAGAUUACGCCGGAGACGGGGGAAGUGAAAACGCUCGGGGAAGGAACGUUACCGCUAGGAAAAUGGAUGUGGCACGGCGCCGCCGCCGGCCUCGACGGCAACAUUUACGGCAUCCCGUCCAACGCCGACGCGGUGCUUUUCGUGGAUCCGCGCACGAAAGAGAUAUCCACGUUUGGCUCGGACGUCAUCCCGCCCGGGCAAAAUAAGUGGUACGGCGGCAUCAGAGGCCCGGACGGGUGCGUGUACGGCAUACCGUACGCCGCGAACAGCGUGUUGAAGAUCACGCCGGAGACGCGAAAGGUGGAGCACCUCGGCGAUUUUUCCGACGUUCCCGGAGGUUGGAAAUGGCACGGCGGCGUGCUCGCGCCGGACGGGUGCAUCUACGCGUUUCCGUCGCACGCGCCGAGGGUGAUGAAGAUCGACUGCGCGAGAGGCACGGUGAAGAUGAUCGGCCCGGAGUUUGAAGGGCGGUACAAGUGGGGCGGCGGCGCGGUGGAUUUGGAAGGACGCGUGUACGGCAUGCCGAGCGACACGGAUUGCGUGUUACGGAUACACACGGACACGGAGCGCGUGGACACGAUCGGGCACGGGAAGCUGCCGACGUAUAAGAACAAAUGGCAGGGCGGGGUUUUAGCCCCGGACGGGUGCAUCUACGCCAUACCCGGCGACGCGACGAGCGUGUUGAAGAUCGAUCCGCCGACGGGAACGGUGACGCUCGUGGGCCAACUCGGCGAAGAGCCGGACAAGUGGCAGGGCGGGUUCCUCGGUUCGGACGGGAUCAUCUACGGAAUCCCGGAGAACGCGGAUAAAAUAUUGAGGAUCAUUCCGCCGAGCGUGGACGAGGAGGGGAUGGCGAAGGCGAUGCGAGCCGCGGCCGCGUCGGGCGCGGCCGCGGUGGGGGUCGUGAAGGAAGACGCGGGGAAAGGGAAGACGGCAUCCGCCGGCGACGACGGCGGCGGCCGAGGGACGCUCGCGGCCAUCGCCGCCGCGGCGGCGGCGCUUCUCCUCGCGCUCGUGAUUCGCAAUAGACUCGUUUAG